GCGGUGAGUGGGCGGGGCGCUGCGCGGUGUUCCGGCUGCAGGCUGAGGGAAUAAUAAACAGAAUGGAGGAGAAAACAGAGAAAUUCGAGUUUGUGAGUAAAUUUAACUCGUACAGCGUAACUCAACUCAGCGAACUGCUGGAGGAUGAGGAGAAGCUCAGCUCUAUAGUUAAACAGAUGGAGGAGAUGCAGGAGGUGCAGCAGUGUAAGGAAAUGACCCUCGCCAGUAACCGCAGCCUGGCGGAGCAGAACCUCGGCCUGCAGCCCGAUCUGGACCAGCAGAAGAUGCGUCUGACCAAACGCUACUGCUGUUUACAGGAGCUGUACGAGUCCUACCAGCUCCGCAAAUCCACACUAGAUCACAGUUCAGGGAAAAGCUCGCUGGAUACACUGUUAGCCCUGCUGCAGGCUGAGGGAGCCAAAAUCGAGGAGGAAACGGAGAACUUGGCCGAUUCCUUCCUGGAUGGAGAUUUGUCACUGGAUUCGUUUAUUGAAGCGUAUCAGAGUAAGAGGAAGCUGGCGCAUUUGCGGCGGGUGAAGAUCGAUAAGCUGCAGGAGAUGGUGAUCAGAUACUUCCAGAUGCCACAGGCCUCAGUUACGGAGCCCGGGCAACCCCUCGCCGCCAACCCCCCCGCCCUGUUCCCCGCCCACGCCAACGGCUCCCCGGUCCCCCUGAGACCACCCGCCCAGCCGGCCGGCCAGCAGUCAGCACUACCCUACCCAGGAGCUCCAUACCCGCCUGUCCCUGUGCCCAAUAUGGUGCCAUCCUACUCCAGCCCGUUUAUACAGCAGUACACCGCACUUCCUCAGCGGCCCGGUCCGGGUGUGCCCCCCAGGACUGGCUUCAUCAUGCAGUGAAGAGAUGCUCCAUAUGCCCCCUAAUAUUCCUUUAUCUUCUUCUGUAGAAACGGAUAAACUGGGCAUUUCUCCCUCGUUCCUCAAGCACUUUGAUCCUGUACAGUUCUGGGUACCGUGCCCUCAGUGUCGACACAGAGGCGUCACUAAAAUGUUGUUUUUCUUUUGAUCAUUUUACUCUUAGCUGCAGUUAGAUUUUAUAUUUUGGGAGGUAAAUUACAGAAUUAAUCAGUUUUCCUAUUAGGGACAGAGCGCGUUUAUGUCAGUCGCACGUUAUGAGAGAAAACAACUCCCAACAAGCAGCAUAAAGUUAUCCAAAAGCAGUGUGUAAGACUGGUGGAGGAGAACGUGCCAACACGCCUGCUCUGUGGUGGGACGCAAAACAAAUAAGAUUAAAACCCUGAAUUACUGCUAGGCGACAUGUCCAAAAUAUGUAUCACCAAUAUAUUUCUUCCUUUUGAAUAUUAUUCGGAUAAAAAUAUAAACAAAAUAAACAAAAAAGCUACUGACAAAAAUAUCAGUAAUCAGAUUUUGGUAUUUCUCUGACCCUGCUUGUGAAAAUGUUUAACAGUUAAGCAGUGGUUAACAGCACAGCACCAAAUGCCGUCCAAGCUGAAUAAUCAUCUUCUAGCUGAUGUAUGAUUUCAUUGCUUUUUGAAAACAAAAGUUGUCCCACAAUUUUCUAUUCUCUUCUGUUUAAACUGAGUGGAUUGUUUUCUCCCAUAAAAGGCGUGGCUUUAAUCCGAUGAUGUGAUUCGCUCUGUAUCUAUACAGGAAUUACUAAAACUUUAAAAGCUGGUGCACACGGCCUAAUGUCUAUUUUAGGUCAAUUAUAUCAAAUAUAUGCUGUUCAAACAUCAUGUCUACAUGUAGGCCUGCCACGAUAAUCUGAUAGCAUGAUAUACUGUCCCAGAUGUAACUGUGAUAAACUAUAUUAUUACAGUUUUUGGGGUGUUUUUAAACUUUACAUCCAGGACUGAUUCUGGGCUUGUUUAGGGGAGGAGCUUAUUAUCACUGGUUUGUUUUCACACAUAAGAACGUUUUCAGGACUGUAGAUCACUUGUGCUAUUCCAUGCAUGUAGAUGCAGCACAUUGCUAAAUGAACCAAUCACAUGACCCCACACGCAGCACAUGGAGCGGAUAGCUUCCACACCUGCAGUGGAAGUGAAACCCAGAACCAGACAGAUUUUUAGCUCGAAAUGUACCAAACCCGCGGAACAAGCACACUCGUGAGAAAACGCCCUAAGACCAUGUCAGUCAACUGAUAUAAUGAUCAAAAAUGGCAUAAAAAUGCAAUUACACCACUUUCAAAAAUAGACAUCGAAAUUGCAAUAGUAAAUCAAAUUUAAAUAAGUUUAACGAUCAGAUAAAAAUCUUGUAAAUGCAAUCUCCUCGCUAAAUAAAUGCUAUAGGAAAUUAAGGGAUCAGCAAAAAUUAUUUUAUUCAACAAUAUUUACAUAAAUUGUAGGAUAAGUCAGUACUUACCAUCAUUCCUGUGGCAGGCCUAUUAUACAAAAAUUAUACUGAAUUAUUUCCUGUAGCUUUGAGAAACAAUGACCAGAUAUGUAAAAAAUCUUUAAGAAGCACUGAAUUGCUAAUCCAAUAUUGAUGCACUAUAUGGACAAAGGUAACGGGACACCUCACUCAUUCAGUUCAGGCAUUUAUACCCCUCUAUAACUCACACCUGCUGUCAGUCAUGGUGCUAAUAGCUUAAUGUAUAUUUAUUAUCUGCUCCAGAGAGUCCUAAUAUAUUGGCAAAUCUUCUCUAUUAAAGAGACUAAACAAGCUGUGUGUGUGCAUUUGCACAUCUGUGUCAGCAGUAAUGGGAGCAGCCUGAUUUAAAGCAGCUGAACAGGUGUCCUCAUACAUUUGAUCAUAUAGUGUUCAGUGUUUAUGGGAAUUAAAGUUUUUCUUUAACAUAAUAAUCAUGUAAAUGAGAUGUAAAGAGUUUAGGGAGUGUGUGAAAAUAUGAAGGAU